ACAGUAGAGAGAGAGGGAAGAGAGAGAGGGAAGAGAGAGAGAGAGAGAGAGAGAGAGAGAGCGCUUCCUAUCAGAAACAAAAAGGAAAAGAAAGAAAUUGCACCACACCACAUCACAUCCCCACCAUUUUCAUUUUCAUUUUCAUUUCUCCAUGCUCCUCAAUCCACACUUUCUCUCAGUCAAUUUACCUAACUUGUUUUGAUUCUACGCCAGCAUAGCAUCGCAUCGCAUCGCCAUGGCAGAAUUCCUCAGCGUUCAUCCGUCGGAGCUUAAGUUUCCAUUGUGUGAUUUUUUAUGUGGCUUCGGUGUUCUGCUUCUCCUUCUUCAUGUGGACGUGUGGAUAAAAAGUUGAAUUGAGGAAGCAGAGUUCGUGUUCUUUGCAGUUGACGAAUAAGACCGGUCAUUAUAUUGCAUUCAAGGUUAUUCUCUAUGGUUUUUUCAUGCUGCGGUGUAACUUCUGCCCUUAAUUAUACGAAUCAUAAUUGGAAAUUUAUGUAUGCCUACUGAACUUUGGUAAUUGAUGAUUCUAUGAUUGCAAAGGUCAAAACAACCAAUCCAAAAAGGUAUUCUGUCCGUCCGAAUGCUGGUAUUAUUUCACCCAAUUCUGUAUGCAGUAUAACAGUUACUAUGCAAGCACAUAAAGAGGCUCCCCCUGAUAUGCAAUGUCGGGAUAAGUUUCUAAUUCAGAGUGCUAUUGCACCGCAUGGUGCAACAAACAAAGAUGUAACACAAGAAAUGUUCAACAGGAGGGAUGAGAAGAAUACGGGUGAGUUUAAAUUGAGGGUUGUUUACAUUCCGGCCAAUCCUCCAUCCCCUGUCCCGGAAGGAGAUGAAGAUGGGGCUUCCUCUACAGCAUCUUCCGCCGAUGAUGAGAUUAAAAGAUCUUCAUUUUCUGAGGCUGCACGUUCUACCAUCAUCAAGUUGAAAGAGGAGAAGGAGGCUGCAGUGAAGCAAAAUAAAGAGCUCCUUAACGAAUUGGAAAAGGCUAGGAAACAAACCAGGCAAGGGCGUGGUGCUGCAUCCAUUCGCAUACUGCUUUAUUUUCUUCUACUAGGCAUUUUGGUUGGGUAUUUCAUCCGGAAAUAACUGGUACAUUGCAAGAAACUAUUUUCUUUUUCUUUCUCUUUAUUCAUUUCAUUCAUUGUUCAUACUUGGAAUAUCUGAUUGAUCAUCUGUCGCGAUGCUUGUAACUGUGGAAUUUUAGGAGACCUUUUUUUUGUUGAAAAAGAAAAGAAGAGUUAGGCA